GAUAAAAAUACCAAUAGGAAAGAGGGGAGUGGGAGUGGCCGGGGCCAUUGUACAUGUGGAAAUUUUGUGUUUAUCUCCGGCUUGCGGCGACGUGUGAAUGAACAUGAUGAAACAUUGUUGCUGACUUUAGUGUGCAUUAUCAACAGGAAAAUACGCUGAUUAGGACGCUUUCUGUGGAAUUUCGGUUCUUAACUUAAUGCUCUACAAGCUUGUAGCGAGAAGUAGAAUUUUAGUCACCAUCAAGCCAAAAGAGACACUUACAAAUUUUUCAUUGAUCGUGAGAGCACACAGUUCGAAGAUGGCAAAGAGAACCCAGCCCAAUUGGCUCCCACCAAAAAGCAGUUCAGACGAGCCUCAACUGAAACUGUUCAACAGUCUUACUAGACAAAAAGAAGUCUUUGUUCCUCAAAAUGGCAGAAGGGUUUUGUGGUACAGCUGUGGCCCAACAGUGUACGACGCCUCGCACAUGGGACACGCCAGGUCAUACAUCUCGUUUGACAUAAUGAGAAGAGUGCUGUCGGACUACUUCAAUUAUGAUGUGAUGUAUGUUAUGAACAUAACGGAUAUUGACGACAAAAUCAUCAAACGAGCCAGACAAAAUUACUUGUAUGACCAGUACAUUCAGCGAGGACAUUCGCUGCAGAAAAUCCUGGACGAUGCCAGCGAAGUGUUGGACGCUUUGAAAGACAAUAUCAAAGAGACUGAUGAUCAGGACAAGAGGACUAUGUUGGAGGGCAUGCUAGAGAGGGUCAGUGCUGCCCUGAAAAAUUUGGAAGCAGCAUAUGUCAGCAAGGACGAAAAUUCAUUAAAGGAGAACCAAUCCGCCUUCCUAACUGAAGCUAAAGAUCCUUUGUCUAACUGGCUGGACAAGCAGUUUGGGGCAUCUGUGAAAGACAACUCAAUUUUUGCUGAGCUGCCUAGGUAUUGGGAGGCAGAAUUCCACAAAGACAUGGAUGCUUUAAAUGUGCAACCUCCCCAUGUUCUGACUCGAGUCAGCGAAUAUGUUCCAGAGAUCAUCGAGUACACUAAGAAAGUGAUGGACAAUGGCUUUGCUUACGAGUCAAAUGGUUCUGUAUAUUUUGAUGUUUUGGCCUUCGACAAGAAAAAUGGCCAUCAUUAUGCCAAACUUGUCCCUGAAGCCUAUGGAGAUGAGAAGAGUUUGCAGGAGGGAGAAGGUGAUUUGAGUGUUUCUAAGGAAAAGCUGCAAGAAAAAAGGUCUCCAGUUGAUUUUGCUCUGUGGAAAAACUCAAAGCCUGGUGAGCCAUCUUGGGAUUCGCCUUGGGGUCUAGGGCGGCCUGGUUGGCAUAUCGAGUGCUCCGUAAUGGCCUCUGCAAUUUGUGGAGAGUCGCUGGAUAUCCACACUGGAGGUGUUGACCUUAAAUUUCCUCACCAUGACAAUGAGUUGGCCCAGGCUGAGGCCUACUUCGACAAUGAUCACUGGGUGCGUUACUUUUUGCACUCCGGACAUUUAACCAUUGCAGGCUGCAAAAUGUCCAAGAGCCUGAAGAAUUUCAUCACCAUCCGUGAUGCUCUGAGCAUAAACACUGCACGGCAAUUGAGGAUUGCGUUUUUACUUCACUCUUGGAAAGACACUUUAGACUACAGCGCAAGCACUAUGGAGUUAGCCACGUCAUUUGAGAAAUAUUUGAGUGAAUUCUUUCUCAAUGUAAAAGAUUUGACUCGCUGUUCUGGAGGAACAACUCUGGAUUCUUUUGAUAAGUGGGGUGAGACAGAACUCAAGCUUGACUCCAAAUUCCGUGAUGCGAAGUCAGCCAUCCACGCUGCUUUGUGUGAUAACAUUGAUACAAGAAGAGUUUUGGAUGAAAUUCGAGAGAUGGUCAACACUUGCAAUAACUACCUUCAAUCGAAGAAGAUUAGCCAGGAGGCUCCAAACAAAUUGCUGCUUAAAAAUGUUGCAGAAUACAUCACUCGCAUCAUGAAGGUGUUUGGCGUUAUCACUAGUGACACAAGUAUUGGCUUUCCCAUCUCGAGCUCUGGAACAGCUAAUAUGGAAGAACUGGUAAUGCCUUAUCUUCAAAUCCUUGCCAACUUCAGAGAAAAUGUGAGAGCAGAGGCCAGAACUUUGAAUGCUCGUUCAAUUUUAAAAGAGUGUGACAGUCUGCGAGACGAUGCUUUGCCCAAUGUUGGAGUUAGAUUAGAGGACAAAGAAGCUGGCCAUCCUGCUGGGAUCAAAUUGGUUGGAAGAGAAGAGCUUUUGAGAGAGCGAGAACUUAAAAAGAAACAGGAGGAAGCCAAGCAGUUGGAAAAAGAGCGAAAGAAAGCUGAACAGGCAGCUUUGCUGGCACAGAGAAAGAUCAAGCCAUCAGAAAUGUUCUUGAAAGAAACGGAAAAAUACUCGAAGUUUGACGAAAAGGGCUUGCCUACCCACGACAAAGAUGGGAAUGAGAUAACCAAGGGUCAGCAGAAGAAAUUGCUUAAAGCCUACCAAGCACAAGAAAAGAAAUACAAUGAUUACCUCAAAGAGGCUGAAAAGUGACAUGAUUUUUUAAUAACAAUAAAGUUAUAGUACUUUAAUUUUCUUAUGGUAA